UUACAAAAAGAGCCGAUGUCUCUCGUGUCGAUAAAGCUAACGAUUACUCGUCAUGCCGGUGAUGAUGUGCCCAUCCCUGAAGAGCAAGAGACAGAGGGCCAAAGACAACUACACAAUCUGCUGCUACAGCAACUGGAUACAGAUGUAAACAUUGACCGGUGUAUCGCUAAGAAGAAAUGCUUUGCUCCAGCAGCAGUAUACAAGCCUUUCGGGGAACAGGCAGCUGGUGUAAGGAGUCUGUCCCAGUUUCAGGCCUUGCAGGACGGGGAUCAGGAACUGGCCGCUCUGAGAGAGCUGGGUCUUACAGAUGCUGAAAUAGAGCUGUGGAGAUGCAGGGAUAAAGCAGAAAGCUCUUGGAAGGACAGAGGGGUUUGCAUUGCACCUGAGGUCAGGAAUGAGCGCCUGCAGGUCAUCCGGGAUAAAAUGGCAGCGCAUGCAGAGCUGCUGUCCAGACCUCAGCGUUUCUCAAGCAGUCGGCCACUUUCCCGUAGAGAGAUGGAAAUCGAAAAGGCUCUUUUUCAAGGAAGUGACCGCAGCAGCUUCCUCACUGCCCUUUACCAUAGAGAGUCACCAGUCAGCCAGCAGGGGGCGACAUCCCCCAAAGCAAUGGAUCAUUUCUAUAAAGACUUUCUUGAAGUCCAGAACAAAAACUUUUGGGAUAUUUCAGAGUGCUUGCCUCAACCAAAAAUUGCCAGCAAUGUCCAGCGUGAAUCGCCAAGCUCUAAAACAGACCAAUCACAAACUCCCACAGUCCAUGAUUCCGGCCCAACCAAAAACCAACACACAUGCUCAGAACCAAACUCCGUGUCAGACACUGUCAACCAACCACAGGCUCAAGAAAAAAGGGUUAUACCUACGAAAGUGACAUUAAGCCAGUCCAUUGGCACACUUAGUGCAGCUUCUGUCCAUGGUCAUGAUGGGCCUGUUACAGUAAGUGGAAGGAUAGAGGAAAUUUCAGAUGAACAGAUCAAGAACAAUCGGGAGACAGAAGAGGGUAUACGAAAUAUUCCACGAUUUAAGAACUACCAGACAGGAACACCAUCUAAUGUCCUGUGCGUGAAGAACAUGAGUCCACGGGCAUCACUGGCUCAGCUGGUUUCUCUCUUUUCGAGGUUUCAGAAAGACGACACACAGCCUAUUCUGUACCGCUUGCUAACUGGCCGACUAAAGGGCCAAGCUUUCAUUACAUUUUCUGACGUCGAAAGUGCCCAAGCAGCUCUAGACUUGUUAAAUGGCUACAAGCUGCUUGAAAAGCCACUUAUCAUUGAGUUUGGUCGAGACAGAAAUAAAGAAACCGAUGCACCCUCUGCAGAUCCCAACACCACUUCAGUAUAAAACCAUCCUGCAACGAGAAACCUGUCUAACUGUAUUUAAUAGGUUUUUUCUUUAUUUGUAAACAGUAUUGUAAAUGGUUCAUUUACAUUAAUUUCACAUGCUGUUUAUUUGGAAAUAAAGUGACGUUGUGAAUGUCUCA